AACUUGCUUUCCCCACCACCUCUUCGCGUCACUUAAAUAGCAGCUAACACAUCGACUUGGCUGUUCAAAGAUGGAACCAAGAAAGAUUGCAGGAGCAAAAGGAAUCGAUGAAGAGAAAUGGGUUUAUGAUUCUUCUGUGGAUCAUAAAGGAAUGGUUCCUCUCCGUGCCUCCACUGGUGUUUGGAAAGCUUCUCUCUUUAUCAUUGCAAUUGAAUUCAGUGAGAGGCUGAGUUACUUUGGAAUAGCAAGUAGCUUGAUCAUUUACCUGACCAAGGUGAUGCAUAAUGACCUGAAGACGGCUGCCAGGGGUGUUAACUAUUGGUCUGGUGUCACCACUUUGAUGCCUCUACUUGGAGGCUUUGUUGCUGAUGCUUACUUGGGUCGUUUCUCCACAGUUUUUGUUUCCUCCAUAGCCUAUCUUCUGGGUUUGAUUCUCUUAACAAUGUCCCAAUUCCUACCAAGUCUCAAGGCAUGCGAUGGUGAUGUUUGUCAAGAACCGAGGAAGGUUCAUGAAGUGGCGUUCUUCCUCGCCAUCUACUUGAUCUCCAUCGGAACUGGAGGACAUAAACCCUCUUUGGAGAGUUUCGGAGCCGACCAAUUUGACGAUGAUCACAGUGAAGAAAGAAAGAAAAAAAUGUCAUAUUUCAAUUGGUGGAACUUUGGCCUCUGCUGUGGACUCGUAUUUGGUGUGACACUAAUUGUUUAUGUACAGGACCAUAUGAGCUGGGGUGCUGCAGAUGUUAUUCUCACCGUAGUUAUGGCUCUGUCAAUAGCAAUCUUCAUUAUAGGAAGGCCAUUUUACCGUUACCGGGUGCCGACGGGAAGCCCCUUGACGCCUUUGUUACAAGUUCUUGUUGCUGCCAUUAAGAAAAGAAACCUACCAAAUCCUUCCAAUCCUGCUGAUCUCUAUGAAGUACCCAAAUCUCAGAUGGACCAAGGGAGGCUUCUUUGCCAUACCCAGAAGCUCAAAUUUCUUGACAAAGCAGCUAUUCUGGAAGACACAGAAAAUGCUGCAGAGAAGCAAAUUCCUUGGAGACUUGCAACCGUGACUAAGGUGGAGGAAAUGAAGCUUAUUCUCAAUAUGAUCCCAAUAUGGCUAGCUACCUUACCGUUUGGAAUUUCGGUAGCACAAGCCUCCACAUUCUUUAUCAAGCAAUGCACCACUAUGAACCGAAAGAUUGCUAAUGGAUUCUUGAUCCCACCAGCCUCCAUUUAUGCUAUUGCAGCCAUUGGAAUGAUAUUCUCUGUGACCAUUUAUGAGAAGGUCCUAGUACCAAUACUAAGAAGGAUGACAGGAAACGAGAGAGGCAUCAAAAUUCUUCAAAGAAUAGGCAUUGGAAUGCUGUUCUCAAUUUUGGCAAUGAUAAUUUCAGCCUUGGUGGAGAGAAAGAGGCUAAGUGUUGUGGAGAAAGAUCCAGUGAAGGGUUCACUUUCAAUGACUGUGUUUUGGUUGGCUCCACAAUUUCUGAUCAUAGGCAUAGGAGAUGGAUUUACACUAGUGGGGUUGCAGGAGUACUUCUAUGACCAAGUUCCUGAUUCAAUGAGGAGCUUAGGUAUUGCCUUCUACCUUAGUGUGAUUGGAGCUGCAAACUUCAUUAGUAGUCUGCUGAUAACAAUUGUGGAUCAUGUUACAGAGAAAUAUGGGAAGAGUUGGUUUGGGAAGGAUCUAAACAGUAGUCGUUUAGACAAUUUUUACUUGCUAUUAGCAGGUAUUACUGCAGCAAAUAUGGCAACCUAUGUGUUGUUGGCCAGGCGAUAUUCUUACAAAAAUGUGAAUAGGAGUGUGGCUGUGGCUGUGGCAGAUUGCUCGGUUGAUGAUUGGGCAAACUCAGUGGCUUGAAGUGCAAAUUUCCCCAGUCUGGCGUAUAAAUAACAUAUCAUAUAAUAUUAGUGUAUGUUGUGUUUACUUUUGGAAAUUUAAGCCUGCGUAUGUUUCAAUAAAUACAUGCUAAAGAAUUGAUUAAAAA